GAGUCCUUUCAUGACAACAUUCCUUUUGUAUCUCUGCCAAAGACCUUUCAAGAUGUCGUCACAGUCACUAGGAAACUCGGCUAUCAGUUUCUUUGGAUUGAUGCAUUGUGUAUCCUUCGAGAUGACUUACAAGCGUGGCUGCGGGAGGCACCGAAGAUGUCAUCGAUCUACUCCGAGUCUACUUGCACAAUAGCAGCACAUGGUACAAAAGAUGACAAUGAAGGGUCUUUAACUGCCACAUUGGAGCCAGCUGACGUCUCGAAGCUUAUCCUUGGGCGGUGUUUCAGAGAGCAGGUCAACGAGAGUUUUCUGACUCGGAGAGGGUGGGUCUUUCAAGAACGUAUACUAUCGCGCCGCAUUCUUCACUUUACUCGACAUCAUGUCUUUUUCGAAGAUGUUUCAGGGGUCCACGCAGUCGAUGCGGGCGCCAGCCCUCCGCCUUGGACUCACCAGCCUUGGAGAGACGACAAAUUGGUGGUUCAAAAUGUGGUCGCAACAAUGGCGGACUGGUACAAGUUGGUUGAAAGAUACAACAUUUGCGCUCUCACUUUCGACCGCGACCGGCUACCUGCCGUAGCCGGUAUAGCCCGAUUUGUUGCAAGCUACGAUUUCGCUCGUGAAUACCUCUUCGGGCUCUGGAGCAAGUCUUUGCAUCAGGGUCUCCUAUGGGUUGCUGCAGAUAACUCACCGCAGGAGGUCUUCUAUGGGCUAGAUUAUGACGGUCCACCGAGGCCACCAUCUUGGUCUUAG